AUGUCAAUAAAAGCUUAUUUGUUUGUUUUAGGAUACUUACUGUAUAAAGUUGUGGCAUUGGUGCAUCCGAUAGAAAUCUAUGACAAGUUUUUUAUCGAUUCAAUAACCAGACAACCAUUUUACAUACGCGGAGUUGACUAUCAGCCUGGGGGUGCCAGUGGAAUAACUAAAGAAAAAGACCCUUUAUCCGAUCCCAAUAUUUGUGCAAGAGAUAUAUUAUUAUUUCAAGACUUGGGAAUUAAUACCGUUAGGGUAUAUUCCAUUAAUCCAGAUUUAAACCAUGAUAUUUGUAUGUCAAUCUUAGCAUCUGCAGGCAUUUAUUUAGUAUUAGAUGUCAACUCACCAUUACCAGGUCAGCAUUUAAACAGAUACCAACCGUGGACUACUUAUAAUAAUGACUAUUUGGAACAUGUCUUUAAAGUUAUUAAACAGUUUUCUGGGUAUAAUAACACCUUAGGUUUCUUUGCUGGUAAUGAAGUUGUUAAUGAUAAAAGGUCAGCCAAAAACUCGCCAACCUUUAUCAAACAGUUAAUUAACGAUAUGAAAUUGUUCAUGAAACUCUACUGUCCAAGGACAAUUCCUGUUGGUUAUUCGGCGGCUGAUGACUUGAAAUAUCGAAUAUCGUUGUCUAAAUAUUUGGCUUGUGCUGAUUAUAAUUUACCAGAAGGUUCUGUUGACUUCUAUGGUGUAAAUACUUAUCAAUGGUGUGGCGAUCAAACCUUUCAUAGUUCUGGCUAUGAUAUAUUAGUGGAAGAUUACGAGGAAUAUUCUAAACCAGUAUUUUUUAGUGAAUUUGGUUGUAAUAAAGUCACACCUAGAAAUUUCCAGGAGGUUGAAGCCAUUUUUUCUCCUGCUAUGUGUACUGUUUUCACAGGUGGUUUAGUUUACGAAUUUUCUCAAGAGACUAAUAAAUAUGGAUUGGUGGAAAUAGAUACCAAUAAUGAUGUACAUUUAUUGUCAGAUUUUAAAGCAUUAAAAGAAAGAUAUACAGCAACCCUCUUACCAUCUGCACUGGAUAUUAUUCAAAUAUUAAAAAUGAAAAAUUCUAAAAGUGGUGAAAACACAAAGGUGCAUGGUCGUGGCAUAAAUAAAAGAGACCAGAUGGGAGAAAUGUGUGAAAAACAAUACGAAAAUUUAGAAAUCACCAAGGAAACACCACCAGAUUUGGCAGCAGAAGUAAUCGAAAGUGGCAUAGAUGUUGAAAAGGGAGAAUUUGUCUUGCUAAAGGAAAAAGAUUUGCAAACUACACAUAAAAUAUAUGAUAUUGAAAGCACAUUACCAUACAAAAGUAGUAACGGAAAUAAAAUACAAAUAUUAGUUGACAUUUUUGGGAUUUCUGAUGAAGAACUGCAACAGUUGAGCACGGUAUCAAAUGAAGCACGUAUGUAUUAA